AUGCCCCUUUAUGGCCUACUAGGCUCGUCCAAGGCCAAGGGCAACGUCGCCUCUAACUCCCAACCUUCUCAGACGCCGCCAACGACUUCGGAUGUCGUCUCGCCGGCGUUUAUUUUCGACGAGUCCCAACUCAAGCCGCUUGGCGAAGAGGCCCCCGAUCUGCGCGAGCUGAACGCGUGCCUCGAAGCUCUCGCCGUCGUGUUUCCCGAUGUUCAGAUCGAGGUGUUCCGUGAAAUGCUCUGCAAGUUCGACGGCGAAUCUAGGCUUGCCUUGGUGGCCGACAAUCUGCUGAAGAACCGGGCUUCGUUUGUCAACGGGCGCUGGAGGGUUCCGGAUAAAAAUGGCGCACCGGGUGCAGCGUCUCGACCGAGCACGCGACCUGACAUGGACCUGCUGCCGCGGACCGAGGUGUUCAGAAGUCCCGAGUACAUAAAGGCGGCGAGGGCGCUGGCCUGCCACGAAUUCAAGGGGCUGUCGCGGUCGGCCAUAAACGGCGUUCUUGCUGAGUCGAACCAUUCGUAUCUCGAGGCUCACGAGACGCUGGUCGCCGUAUCAUCCAAGUCGUGGAGCUUCUCCAUAUCCUCUCUGUUCCGCCGCCGGAAGCCAGAGUCACUCACCAAGGCCGAAGCCCACCCGCUUGUCUUGUGGAAAUCGACAGGCCACGGCCCCCUACUACCGUGCAUCAAGUCAACGGGAAAUGCCGAGCUAGACCGAGAGCUCUUCGCCGAGCUUAUCCUGCCGCUGAAAGAACGGUCCCGCGCGGACCAAGAAGCAAAGGAUCAUUGCCUGGCGCUUGAGUUGAACAGCGAGGAAGCACACCAGGCGCAAGCCAUUUACGAGUGCGCCUGCUGCUUCGCCGAUGGGCCGUUUGAGAGCUUCACUUCGUGCACCGCCAAAGGUCACAUGGUAUGCUUCAACUGUGUGCAGCACUCCAUCUCAGAAGCCAUAUUCGGUCAAGGCUGGCAGAGGAGCAUCAACAAGGAGACGGGCACUCUGCGGUGUCCGGCUGUGGACACUGAUGAGUGCCAGGGGUGCAUCUCGCAGUACGACACGCGCCGGGCUAUGAUGGAAGUGAAAGGAGGCAUCGAUGUCCUCCACAAGCUGGACCAGCGCCUUGCGGACCACAACCUCGUGUCGAGCAACAUCCCCCUUGUCCGUUGUCCGUUCUGCUCAUAUGCCGAGGUCGAUGAUGUCUCCCUGCCAGAAAGCGAAGCACAUGUGCGUUUUCGGACAGACAGCAUCUCUAACCUCGUCUUCACCGCCCUCUGUAUAUGCGCGGCUUUCUGUCUUCUUCCCCUUCUUCUCCCGUUGGCCCUUGGCGCCAUCCUCACACACAGCCCCAAAUGGUCAUUCAAAGAUCACGUCGCAGCCCACUUCCACGAGGCUAUGAGGCGUCACCGCCGCAACCACCGGGGUCUCAGAUUCGUGUGCAAAAACCAAGAAUGCAGGCGAGCGUCGUGCCUCAGCUGCGAGAAGGGGUGGGUGGACGUGCACGUCUGCCACGAGUCUUCAUUGGUGUCGUUGCGCACGCAAGUAGAGCAGGCCCAGAGCAUGGCCAUCAAGCGCGUGUGUCCACGGUGCCACACGUCGAUAGUCAAGGCGGAAGGCUGCAACAGACUUACGUGUACGUGCGGCUACUACAUGUGUUACGUGUGUCGUAAGGACAUUUCGGACACUACCGGCCAUGACCCCGGACCAGAUGUGGGAUAUAGGCACUUUUGCCAGCAUCUACGUUCGGUAAAAGACUCGCCAUGCUCCGAGUGCGACAAGUGCUACCUAUGGGAGACGGAGGACACUGAAGAGGUGUUGCGGAAGGCCGAAGAGGAAGCCGUUCGCAAGUGGCGAGAGACGGAGAAGCGAGACCUCUCAGUUGCCGACAGGGCAUAUCUCGAAACGGGCGUGGCAGCCAACUCGAGGGCGUUGGGGGUGAGUAAAGCCCUGUCGGAAGCCAGGUGGCCGACCACUGCCGAAAUCGCAGACUUUAUUGUGGAAAAGAUGUUUGUAUGA